AACCUCAAUAUUUAUUUCUUAGUGUUUUGUGGUGUACUGUUUUUAUUUUGGUACAGAUCUGUAUUCUUAAAAUUUUUAAGAGAGCUAUUCUGGAAGUUCAAAACAAAUAAAAUGAUGCCAGGAAGAUUAGGUCUCACUCCAAGUAUUUCAGACAAUUUACUGAGUUUAUCUUGGCAUGACUCUGCAUGGAUACCUAUUCUUAACACUUCGAAUGUUAUGGACUAUUUUUCUGAUAGAUCUAAUCCAUUUUUUGAUCGAACAUGUAACAAUGAAAUUGUAAAAAUGCAAAGGCUAAAUCCCGACCAACUACAGAACAUGACUGGAUUAGAAUAUGUCCUUUUACAUGUACAAGAACCUAUCUUAUAUGUCAUACGGAAGCAACAUAGACAUGGCCCACAGCCUAAUCAAACAACACCUUUAGCAGAUUACUACAUAAUUGCUGGAAUAGUUUAUCAAGCUCCUGAUUUAGCUAGUGUUCUGAAUUCACGUCUGCUCUCAACGGUACAUCAUCUACAAUCUUCCUUUGAAGAAGCUUCAAGCUUCUCAAGAUAUCAUCCAAGUAAAGGGUAUUUUUGGGAUUUUAAAUCGCAAAGAAAUGGUAAUGAAAAAUUGAAAACAAAAGAAGAGAAACCAAAAGAAGAACCAAGUUCUUUAUUCCAAAGAAAAAGAGUUGAUAUGCUGCUUGGUGAAUUGAUAAGGAAAUUUCCAUUACCUAUACCUCCCUUACCAAAACCAGCACAAACACCUCAUACUCCUAGGCAAGAAAGUGAAAAUGGAAAUACCGAUAAGGAUAAACCUGAAGUGAAACAGGAAAAAAUAAAACCACCUCCAGAAAAGAAACCCAGGCUGAAUUGAAGAUGUUUUAUGUUUUUCCUUUUGAAUGUUGACUGAAUUUUGUAAUAUUAUUUUUGUUCAAAUAAAAGUUUUGAAAUUAUCA